CGGUAUAUAUAGCUCCGUUGUAACGCAAAGUGGCCGCGAUUGUCGAAGUGCCGCGUGCUGGGUGAUGUAGUGCAAAGUGUCUUCUUCAUCGUCAUAACUGGUCACUAUGGGUCAUCGUGGGAUUGUCCACUCGCUAACUUGGUGUUUGCUGUCGUUCUCGGCAUGCUUUGCCGAAAAAUUAUCUUCGAAUCAAAAAGCGCCGCAGUUCGCUCGCGGUUCUGGUGGUCUGAUCCUGAAUCCGCCUUUCGAACGUGAACCAAAGACAGCCGCAAGUCCAUCAAUCUCUACAAAUAUCAUUAACGAUGAAGAUGGUGUUCAAAGGCAGGAAAUCGCCACUUUGAAACUUGUGGAUGGCGAAUUGGUCCGAGUUGUGGAAGGUUCUUAUUCCUAUAAAAGCCCCGAGGGAAUUCCUGUUUCCGUUAAUUACGUCGCGGAUGAAAAUGGAUAUCGAGCUGGGUUUAGACUGGGUGCUGCAGCGAUCGGUGGAACGAGGCCAACGGGGCCACACAUUGGACCUCCCAGAGGACCAGGAGACACAACAUAUAUACCGCCAAAGACUAAUGCUGAUCGCAGUUACUUACCACCACACUAACAAUCAAACAAGUUCGCCUAAACAGUUUUGCAUAACAAUGUAAAAUGUUGGGUAAAAAAUGCGCUUUUUUCGUCUUUCAAACAAUUAAUUAUAUCUACAGAAAGAUAUAUUAGAGAAACAUGAAGUGUAAUUUUUAAUCUCUUCCGUUUUUUUUCCAUUAUAUUUCCUCUUAUAUCUUAUGCAUUGUUAUACACAGUUUUUAUAUUCCUAAUAUAUCACAUAACUAUUUACUUAGGAAAAUAUAAUUCAUUUAAUUAUCAUCGUAUUAAGCAUCUGUGUUACGAUAUACUAAUUGCUGUGUAUAAAAAUUGGAAGAAAAAACUCAAAAGUACAUAUCGAUAGUACCAUUACGCAGCUAUAAUUAUUAUUGUCUCUCUCUUUCUCGCUACAGUAUGACGCGCGUUAUUCUUCAAUACAAUGUGUGUGUGUGUGUGUGUGUGUAUUAGGACAAUUUGGAUUUUACCGAUAAAUAUCCAUAUAUGUAUAUAUGCAAUGUAUAUAUGCUGUUACUAUAUGUAUAGUAACAGUAUUUUUAUGUGCUUUGAAAAAAAAAACAAAAUCUUAAAUUCAACAAAAUAAAAAAAUACGAUAUUUCCAUAAUAGUGUUUAUACUUAGGUUUAUAUACUUAAACAUAUUAUAAUAUAAAAUACUUAUUAUUAUAAUUAAUUAAUAUUACGUUUAUUGUAUUAUAUUAAUUAAUACAGUAGUGCCUUGCUAACUUUUUCUUGCGAGCGGAAAGAUGUCGAGAGAAGUAUUGUUCCAAAAAUUGCCGGCUGUCAUCUUUGAUUGGCUCGAUCAUUGGCUCGACUGCCGCAAAGUCAUCCCUAUCAAUUCGCGCGAAGCCUCGGCAAAAGACUUCUAGGAAUUAAUGAGGAUGACUCCUGGCACAAUACCAAAGAAAAAAUUCGACGCGUUAGCGAGGAACUACCGUAUGAUUAAUCAAGUAUAGUCUUAUUUUUGUUAACAAUAGAUACAUAAAUGUAAUUCAAUAUGUAAAUAAUCAUUAUAAAAAUUUAUGUUCUUGUUAUAAAAAUUAUUUUACUCUAAUUUCUCUAAAUUUGUUUCUCUAAUUAACAUAAUUGUUAGGCGGACAAUUAAUCGAGCUGCUCGACAUGGUUGCGCGUGCUCUAAUCAACUAAUCUUUUCGAGAAACCUGUUGUUAUUUUGAGUACAGCGAAGUGCGCCGUUCUUUUUGAUGACGUUACAUGAAAAAAAAAUAGAGGCAAAAACUUAUAACAAGUGUUCGACUCAAUAUCUCAUUUUACAAAUAAAUCAUAAGAUUAUUGGAU